CCGAGCAUGGAAAAACCAUGAUGCACGCGACUCCUAGGCAGACAGAGAUCACUAGAGCUCAUCAUCGGCAUUCCAUUUAUUGUAAAAAAAACCGCCAGCUUACGACUCAAGGACGUCCCAAUGGACAACGAAGACAAUCUUGAUCCCUUUGAAAAGAUAGUAGCCCGCAAUCAGCGGGAGAUCGACUCCUUGCCCCCAUGGCUGCGGAGGAUCUAUUACGACGCGGCCGUCCUUGCCUCCGCGCUGAUCAUCAUCGGCGUCUUCGAGUGCUUCUUCUUCCGCAAUGUGCUCCUCAGGGCGCUGUUCUUUGCCUGGCAGGGGAAGCGCUUGGAGAGCCGCUGGCUGCUCGGGACCCUCGCCUUGACGCUGUUCGCAGAGCGCGACGUCGGCAUCAAGCUCGGCCUCGCCGCCCUGCAAUCGAGCGCCGAUUUCGCCGUCGAGCUGGCGCUCGCGUUGCUCGUCUUCCCGCUGCACUUCUGGCGGUCGCCGGGGCAGGCGGUACCGGACCCGCGCUACGUUGCCGCCUGGGGCGCUCUUUCAUCCGUCGCUUCGCUCGUCAUCGGCGCCCUGGACGACUACCGCGGCAUGUCCUGGUGGCACACGCUCGCACGGGUGAACCCUGCGUUUCUCUGCAGGUCGGCCGAGCCGUUCUCGCUGUACACGACUUGCAGCCACUACGCGACCCUGAUUUUCCUCUUUGGCAGGUUUAACGCCACGUUUCUCGAACAUCUGAACCAAGCUGAGGACGACGGCGAUGAAGCCCCCGAAGCGGAGCUUACAGCCCGCAGAAUCUGGACGUACCGAGCCCGCUUCCUCUUGUGGGCGCUUCUGGCGCGGUUGUCGGCCAUCAUUGCAUUCGAGCUGGUCUCUGACGCGUCGGGCUCUCUUCAAUGCUGGUACAGCCAGGCUGGAAUGAAGUUCCUGGACUGGCUUCCUCACAAACUCCGUCGCUUACCGUUCACGGUUUGUGUUUUGGGUGUUCAUUAUUUGUUCCGAUACCGGUCCAUCAGCUGGGUGAUCGACCUCAUGGACGUGUUGGUCAAUCCGGAAAACCACCAAGAUGACGAAGACGGCGAAGAGGAUUGGGAUUGGGACGAUGAGGAUUUAAACGAUGCUGACUUGGAUGAUGUCGAUUUAAACGAUGCCGAUUUGGAUGAUAUCGACUUGGAGCAGGAGGACGAGGACGGAAAUGAGCACGACGAGAAUAGCGAGGGUCCUACGGAUGGUACAGACAGUACAGAUAGCGAGGCGACACCGGACGAAACGGAUGCCGGCGACGAAGACGAAGACGUGCCCGACUACGUGUACAUCCACAAAGACGACCGCGGGUACGUCUUCGAGCUCAAGGACGGCGACAGGUUCGAGCGCGAGGCGACCUACACGUACGACGGCGAGCAAGACUACAGGUACCGCUACGUCGACGCGUUCGAGAAGGUCUCGGUCCGCUCGCGCGCGACCGACCGCGGGUAUCGGGUGUCGUACAGGUACGCGCGCAGGGACGCGGCGGGGGACGAGGUUCGUGAUCGGGCCCAUUCUGCUGGCGAGCGGGAGGACUGUUGGAAUGUCUUUGCCAGCUCUGCAGAGAGUUCUGAGAUUCUGGAGGACCGCCCGGGCCAAGGCGAGUAA